AUGGGUCGUGUCAUUCGUUCGCAAAGAAAGAGCGGUGGUAUCUUCAGAAGCCAUACGCAUCACAACAAAUCUCCUGCUAAAUUGCGCAACCUCGAUUUCGCAGAGAGAAAUGGUUACAUUCGUGGUGUUGUAAAAGAGAUCAUCCACGAUGCUGGACGUGGUGCUCCUUUGGCCCGUGUUGCUUUCCGUGACCCUUACCGUUACAAGACCCGUGUUGAAACCUUCAUCGCAACUGAAGGUAUGUCAACCGGUCAAUUCGUUUACGCUGGAAAGAAGGCUGUCGUCAACGUCGGUAACGUCUUGCCUUUGAUCUCUUUGCCCGAAGGAUCUAUCGUCUGCAACGUUGAAAGCAAGGUUGGAGACAGAGGAACUUUGGCCCGUACAUCCGGUAACUACGCCACCAUUAUCGGACACGAUACUGAUGGUAAGACCACCCGUAUCCGUUUGCCAUCUGGAGCCAAGAAGAUCGUUCCAAGCACAAGCCGUGCCACUGUUGGUAUCGUUGCCGGUGGUGGUCGUAUCGAUAAGCCAUUGCUCAAGGCUGGUCGUGCAUUCCACAAAUUCAAGGUCAAGCGCAACUCUUGGCCCAAGACUCGUGGUGUUGCUAUGAACCCAGUUGAUCACCCUCACGGUGGUGGUAACCAUCAACACAUCGGUAAGGCAUCUACCGUUCCUCGUGAUGCUCCUCCAGGUCAAAAAGCUGGUCUCAUUGCUGCUCGCCGCACUGGUCUUAUCCGUGGUACAGUCUUCAAGAAGGGAGACGCAUAA